UAUAAACCUGAAUAUGUACUUUCUAUGUAAUAUUUGCCGUUAAACUAAGUCCUUAAAUAUGCAACUGCAUACGAACUGGGUUUUAUCUAACAUAUAUUUUAUGAAUAGUUAAACACAUUCCUUCUUGUUUUUCUUAAUAUAUUGGUAGAUUAAUCAUUUAAUCAUUAAAUAUCUAACAUACAUGUCUAAAAUCCUUGAGAACUAUGCAUGAACUCAUUUAUCCACCUUUUAAAUUAACAAACAAGGGUUUUUUCUUUUCUUUUCGAUAAUCCCCAAUACACAAUUUGAUAGCUUUACAGUUAACUGCCAUAAUGACCACUGUAAUAAGAUUUCUUUCAACCCGUAUUAUAUUUCUUCAAAUCAUUUUUAUAAGCUGCUUAAUUCUAAUGAGCGGUGAAUCAGUCGCUAGGUUAAUUAUUUUCCGAAUGCACACAAAAAAAAUCUUCUAAACAUGAACGAGUCAUUGUAUUUAGUAUCGAUAUUUUCUGUGAAAAGCAAUUUCUAAGCCAGGAAUAAUUUGUAUAAACGACAGUAGAAUAUCAAAUAUUGGAGUUUUUUGUUUCAUUUGGGAAAUACCGUUAUAUAACGUUUUUAUUGUUAUUAAUUUCUGCGGAAAUCAGAUGGAUUAAUCAUAAAUAUGGUUCCAUACAAUAUAGCUAAUAAACAUGAGCAUUCGUGACAGCCAUAAUGAAAUAGUUAAUAUUCUCUAGCUUAGUAGAAAUAAACAAUGAGUACUCUGCAAGUUAAGGGAGGUUCCGGUCCAGCCGGAAGGACUCUCAAAACUUUGAACAAUAAAAACAACUUGGCUACUCUUUACAUGAGAAAACAACUGGACCAACUCCGAAGAGAAAACACAUUUAGUAUUUCACAUUUGGACCGCGAUAGGUUCGAAACACAUGAUUUUCUGCAGCAGGUCUUACGGAAAGAUUCGGACAAACAUCCAUCUUCAAUAAAGUACUUGGGAAAAGCAGAGAUAAAAGAUGAACUAAAAUUGGACAAUAUCCUAGAUAGUAAAUCUAUAAGUCCCGGUCAACCACGUCGCAAACGUCGCCAUCGACGGCGAAUCAGUCCGAAACCUCCAGAGAAAUCACAAACUACACUAUUGGAUAAAAUUGACGAUAUUUCUUAUGAAAAACCAGAAACACCACGUGAUAAAACGCCUAGCCGACUCGAACGUCAGAAAACAUUUAGUAUUCCCAACUUAAAUUCACAAACUAGUACAUGCACCACACUCCCGUCACUAGAUAGGCGGGAGUCAGUUUAUUUUCAGAUAGCAUCCGGAAAUGCUGCGGAUUUAAGUAGCGAUUCCUCUGAGGACGAAAGCGUGGAGCCAACUCUCGCCGUAAAAACGAAAGAUUUGUCAACAAGACGAAGGUCAUCAUUUGUAGCAUGGGUUCAGGAAAACAGCGAGGACCAAUCAAAUAAAAUGCAAGAGAGGUUGCAGCAAAUUAAAUUGAAAGACAAUCCACUUGAACAGAGACGUCUCUCAUUUUCCAAUUUCCUUAAGAAGCGUUUUAAAGCAACAAGGAAAUCUGUUACUCCCGCUGAACAAUUACAAGACAUUUCAGAAGACACUACUCCAGAUUGCGCGGACGUUUUCCCGCCAUUUAAUAAUUCGUAUCCACUCGAUCCGUAUACUGACCAAAUGAAAUCAUUGAUGCUAAGUAAAACAGGGAGACGUAAACCGCCAUUGAACGAUCGAAUAAGUUCAUUUUUUACCCGUAUUAGUAAUUUAAAAAUUCCUGUGUAUAAUUUUAACAGUCCUGCACCAAAGUUAACCGCACUGGAGAAAAGACGGUACACGUUGUUAACGAAAGGAAUAAAUGCCGCUUUAGCUAUUUCAAGUGACGAGGAAGACUAGGCCUCUCGAGAAAGUCAUCAGACAGGGCCCACCAUUAUAUUGGUUACUGGAAC